GCCAGGUACCUUCAUUAACUGCAAAGAAUAUACAAAAAGCACCAAGUCAAAACCUCAGGUGUAAUAGGGCUGAGGGAGUGAGGGCUCGAGGAGAUUUGCUGACCUGCGGUGGAAUUCAUUCGUUCGACAAAAUCUCCUUGAUUUUGGAUGCUUGACUGGAUCUUCUAAACCUUGAUACAAUCGCGUUGAGCAUUUCGUCAUCAUAACAUAGCUUGCCCGUCAUCAUCCCAUCAUCCCAUCUCUCCCCUGUCGCUUCCCGUAUUGUUUCCACUCCCCCCCUUGUUGAGAGAAGAGCGGUAUCUCUUUCCUUCCACUUUAAUUCACCCUGUUCUCGGCUCUUCUCAUUCAAACCUCAUAUUUCCUUCAAUCGCCUUUCUCCAAACGCCUCCCUCAUCAUCAAAAUGGACAUUGCGCCGGAAUUCCUGGACGCCCGCCGUCUCGCCCUGGUCGAACAACUGGAUACUCUAGUCGCACCAACCAAGAUUGGAAUAAAUACAUCGACUUGGGCCUGCUUAUGGCUUUCCGACAUCGGGAAGCUUCAGAAAUUGGUUGAUCUGGCCAAGUCGGCGGGCUCCGAGGGAUUGAACGGUGUGGUUUCACAACUGACCCACCCAGAUGUCACCUCCACGAUACGGAACUGGUCGACUACUUCUAGACCACGCGACGAGGACAAUUCUAAGAAAAGAGGUUCCGAUGGCAUGGCCAGUCCUCAGCCCCUGACCCAAACCAAAAUUCCCCGGCUUUCGAAAGCUGAACCAGACGUGACAACCGGAACUGGAACCAGCAGUUCCGUAUCAACCCCACCCGUGAAGCAGGGAUCGGAGUCGCCUGCCAAGAGAGCACGGUCCAGAAAUGCCCGAAAAGCCUGCCUGGAGCGCGAUCAGGAAACGUGCGUAAUAACCAAGGCUGGCGAGCCAUUGGAGGUCGCGCACAUCUAUCCGUAUAGUUUGGGCCAGCGUGAGGCCGAUCCCAGCCAGUUCAUGUUUUGGAGGACCCUGGGGUGGUUCUGGACCGACGAAAAGAUCCAGGCGUGGAAAAGUGCCGUGUUAGGCCCACAGGGCACGGAAACUUGUUCGAACAUGUUAUGCUUGGGCUCAAACGUGCACGGCCUAUGGGGAAUGGCUCGGUUUUCCCUGAAGCCCAUCGAGAUCUCCGAAGACAAGAAAACUUUGAAGGUCAAGUUUUUCUGGCUGCCCAAUUUCUGUUUUUCUCGUCAUGUUCCGAUGACGGCGUGCCCCAAAGUGCCCCAGGAUCCCAGGUGCGGGCCAAAAAACACGAAGCUUUGGGACUGUGACACGGAGAAAAUCAUCGAGUCCGGUGAGGAGAUAAUCCUACGAACCGACGACCCAGAAGUUCGCCCAUUGCCCUCCGUGGAACUACUUGAGAUGCAGUGGAUACUAAACCGGGUCAAUGCCAUCAGUGGCGCCGCCGACAUCCCGGAGGAUGAACUGGAUCCCGACCGAGAAUUGCUGUUUGGCAAGAUUCCGGAGGAGGGUUUGUUAGACGAGGAUUCGUCGGAAGACGAGUUGUCAUAAAGACAAACCCCCAGAAGCCCCGAGUUCCAGAGAUUCCCGGCCAUUAUGGAGGAGAAUCGGCGUAGUCUUUCCAAAAGCCCGAAACGGCAGGAGGAAAGGGAGGAGAGUGAGCCUCCUGCUCUCCGAACAAGGGAUCUUAAUACGUAUUGAGUGUUCCAAAGGCAUAUCAUUCAGAGAAUGCAGUUUUCAAUCAAGUCACUAUUGAAUGAUUCUACACUCGCGGUGAAGUUGUACUGGUUCAUUCCCCACGUUCUCUUACUAUCGGCCACAUGUUAUCUAACAUAGCUAGGUAGUUCUCCCAAUGUAGCGACAGAUGCAGGAUUUGUAAAAACCCCGUACACAUUGGUGUUUGAAAAGAGACGUAGUGUACUGAAAGAGC